CUUCUACGCCUCUGCCCUUUAAUCUUUCCUGCUGGUUGCUCUUCAUGCCUUCUCACAGCUUUCCUGCAGACAAUUCUGGCACUUAUUCUUCUGUUCAUGGCCGACACUUGUAUUGUGUGCUUAGGAGACCUUGGCGAAAGCGCCAGCGAUUCUCUCGCCAUCGCCGCCGAGGCCGUGCCAAGACCUGACCUUCAAGUAGAAGGUCAAAUCGCCCAGCUACUUCCUUGCGGUCAUAUUCUGCACAAUAAUUGCCUAAAACCAUGGGUCGAAAGAGCCAACAGCUGUCCCAUAUGUCGUCGCAGCUUCAACCUAGUGGAGCUGAGUGAUCGUCUCGGAGGUCCUGUUAUCUCAUCAUAUGCGGUAGAGGACCGAGUUCAAGUGGCCGAUGUCGAUCCCUCAAUGGUCAUCGAUUACUUAGACGAUGAUUUGGCCGACUCUCAACCUUGUCUUAUUUGUGGGGAUGCGGACAAUGAAGAGCUGCUUCUCCUUUGCGAUGGCUGCGAUGCGCCAUCGCAUACCUACUGCUUGGGGCUCGACGAGGUACCAUCUGGACCCUGGUACUGUUCGCGGUGCCAGACCCAACGUGCCCGAGCAUUGUCGCCAGAUACUGCUAGACCUGUCAGGACGCAUGAAAGGCGAACACGUCGCACGAGAGCGCAGCAGCGUAGACUUCAAAGCAGGAAUCAGAUGAACUCUCUCCACUGGGCACGAGUGUGGCAAUCAGUUUGGGAUCAUUUGAACCUGGACCUGGACUUUCCAUUCGACGAUGACGGGGCUACUGCGCGUGCUAUCCAACAACAGCGCCGAGAGGAAGCCAAUCAACGGGAGUUUCGAGCCUGGCAGCGCCGGUUCGAGGUUGCUGAGCGGCAAGGCGGCAGCAACCGGUUUCGGGAGACUGCUGCUCUCCUUGAUAUCGAGGCGCCACGACCAUCACGACCUCGCGUCCCGAGAGAACCGACCCCUGAACCGGAAUCUCUUGAAGAGAUGAGGGCUUGGAAUGCCUUUGAACGAGCUCGCGAGAUAGAGAACAACCCCAGUGCAGCAAGAAAGCGCAAGGAACCAACACUAUCCCCUUCGCCAGAACCUACCGAGCCGGAGCGGAAGCUCAAACGUCCUCGGACCCGUAGGCCGCAAGAGCUAGCGGCUCUAGCUCUCCAAAACGGCGAGUCCUCGAGAGCAGCUGCUCAGGCUUCUGCUCGAAUCAAUGAAGGUUCCAGUGAGCCCAGCUUCCUUCAGUCUCUCCUGAAAGAAGUAGAAGAGGCAUCGAAUCCUAGCGGCAGCAAUUCGCAUGGCCCAUCUGCACCCGUUUCGGUUGCUCCCACGGACCACAGCAGUAUUGGUCCAUCUUCUCCCUCAAUUUCGCCUGCUCCUUCCAAUCAAUCUUCGCCUCGACUUUCAUCUACGACACCUCCUCCCUAUCCUCGCAGCAGGCCUAUCUCCCCGUACAACUUGCGUUCCAAUAACGAUGCCCGGGAAACAACACCAUCGCAUGUUGGGUCAAGCCGCCCACGUUCUCGAAUUCCUAGGGCAGCACUACAGUUGACAGCGCGGUCAACUGAGAGCUCGCCCACUCGCCCUGGCCUAUCUCUAACGGUCAAAUCCGACAUUCAAAAGCUGGUUGGAGGAGCACUCAAACCGUAUUAUCGCUCAAAGGUGGUCUCGAAGGACCAGUACACGGAUAUCAACCGUACUAUUUCACGAAUGCUAUACGAGCGAGUGGGGAAUGCGCAAUCCCUAGACACCGAGACCAAGAAUAGCUUUGGAAAAAUCGCCGCCGAGGAGGUUAAAAAGGCGAUCGAUGGUCUCCGAGCAAAGGAUGAAGACUCCCUUGCGGAUAGUAGCUCUUAAGGGCAGAGAAGAUUCCUUGCAACUACCGGCGUUUAUGCAGCGAUUUAUUUGUUCUGCGAGUUAAAAGCAUACAGCGAGGCGUUCAUCUUCACAAUGGGACUCGGCGCAGCGUCUUUGGAUACCCGCUUAGGAAUAUGGGACAUGUUGAUGGUUCUACACUGGGGGCAGGAUCUCUCACAAUAUCUUUUCAAUGUAUCUUCAGCGACAGCAUAGAGCAUAUUAUGUCCUAAUUGCUGGCUCAUUCGAUAGCUGGUACAUAUAUGACUGAACAGAAUUCUU